AAUUCAUUCAUUCAAUGUUCCAAUCACACAAACACAUUCAUUCACACACUCUUCCCACGUUAACCCCCAACUCCCACCAACACAAACAAUCAUGACCGAACACGACAAACCCAAAUCCUCCUCCGGCCACCCUCCUCAGCCACCGUCGCAAUCUCAACCUUUCCCAGUUCCACCUCCUCAGUACGGUACUUUCCAAGGUGUCUCCAAUUUCCCACCACCUAAUCCUGGCCCUUACCCCACCGUCGGUUUCCCUCACCCCGUUCCCCCUCCUGGCUCCGACCCCUCCGCUCCUCCUCCUCCCUAUUACCCUCAUGGCUACCAAGCUUUUCCCGGUUAUGCAGUUGCUGAAGGAAGACCUGUGAGAGAAAGGCGACUUGGGUGUUGUGGUAUUGGUUGUGGUUGGUGCUUGUUUAUAAUGGGUUUCUUUCUCGCUGCUAUCCCGUGGUAUGUUGGGGCAAUUAUUAUGCUUUGUUCUAGAGUAGACUAUCGAGAGAAACCUGGAUUCAUCGCUUGUAUAGUCGCGGCUGUUGUGGCUACAGUUGCGAUUGUUCUUGGAGCGACAAAUGUUGCAGAUGACUGGUAAUAUUCACUUCAAGAGUUGUAAAGUUUGCUAGACUGAGUGUAUCUAAAAUGUACUAAAAGUUGUGUCCCACUGAAAGAUUUACUUAUACCGACCAUAUAUUCAUUGAAAGAUGGCACCUUAUGUGCAAACUUGUAAUUGUAUUGUUUGAUUUUUUACAAACUACUCCUGCUCCACACCAAUAUAUAUUAUUAAGCAUGACUUUUGUGCUAUAGGUAAAUAUAAUCAGGGGUGUGUAUGGUUAAUAAAGCAAACAAAAUUGGAUCAAA